UUGAUUUGUUUUUAUUUAUGCUAGUUCUUAAACUUAGUCUGAUGAAAGAUUUGGAUGACGAAUAAGUAGUUAUCUUCCAACUUCAAGCGAUAUUUUUUGUUUAACUGAGAGAUGCUUGGUACAAAAAUGAAUACUGCAGUUCAUUUAAUGUGUUCUGUAUAUAAUAACCUUCGGAUAUUCUAGAGCAUUAUCUACAUGAAAACAACUUGAUUUACGGAAAUUUUGUUUUUCAUACAUGAUUAUUAUUCCAGUAUGAGCGAUUUGGAGAGCGAGGAUUAUCCAGAUUUACCUUUUCCGCCAUGCGUAUCGUGGACGGCAGAAGAAGUCGCGUUUUGGAUUGGAGAGAUUGGAUUUCCUCAUUACAAAGAAUGUUUUGAAAAAAAUUUUGUCACUGGACGAAAGCUAGUGCUGCUUGAAGCUAGACAUUUACCAAAAAUGGGGAUUACAAAUUUUGAAGAUAUUAAAGCGAUUACCGCAGCCAUUCGAGGAAUUCUGAAUACAAAACUGAUAGAAUAUUUUAGGAAUAUAUCGUUGCCACGGAGAGAACCUUGGGCUUUGUACCUGGAGGAGUAUAGCAGAACGGGAAAAACAGCCGAAAAAUUGAAAUAUCCUACCUUUCUGAAAGAAAGGAAAAUGAAACAUACAGAUCCAUGAAAACUACAGUUGCGGCAUUCCAAGAGUUGGAUGAAGCAACAGUUAUAUCAAAUUUAUUAAAAAAAAUAAUAGUAAAAUCAUUACUUCUAGAUUUAGUUCUGGUAGAAAAAAAGAUGCAGUUAUCUUGAUAUCAAUUUAUCAUAAUGACAAUUUCAAAGACGUGUUUAAACUUUAUAAGAACAUCGAAUUAUAGAAAUACAACCUUUAUUUAAAUCUACUGUUAUUAAAAUAAAUUGUAGUAUUUG